CUCUCCUCCUUUUGAGCUGCAGCCUGAGAAGUCCCGUUAUACACAAAGUCCCAUUCCCCGGCCAGGGCGCGAGAGGUGCUGCCGAGCUACAAAGGAGGUGGAGGAGGGCGCAAAGUGGAAAGUGAAACACAGAGGGAAUAAAAGUUAGAGGAGAAGCAAGAAAGUGGAGUAGGUGUGAAAAAAGAGUAGUAGUGAAGUAGAAGCAUAAAGGGCGAAGGGAAAGGAGGAGAGCCGAACAAGGAGAGGAAGGCCAAUCAGCGAGGAGGGAAGCAUUAGCCAGGGACAAGUUGGAUCUGUGUGUGUCUGUGCGAGGGAGCAGCAUGUCUGUAUCGGUGCCUCAGAACGGAGUGCAGGAGGACAAAGACAACCUCAUCGAGCUCUUUGUCAAGCCUUCAUCAGAUGUGACAACUUUGAUCACUUGAAGCCCUGAAACAUCUGCUAAGACCUGAAUAAAAAAUGAAACCCUUGCACUUUGCUGUUUAUGUGGCUGGGAGUGAUGGUGAGAGCAUUGGCAAUUGUCCUUUCUCACAAAGACUGUUCAUGAUAUUGUGGCUAAAAGGUGUUGUAUUCAAUGUGACAACUGUUGACUUGAAAAGAAAACCAGCUGAUUUGCAAAAUCUUGCACCGGGAACACACCCUCCAUUUAUAACCUACAAUCAUGAAGUGAAAACCGAUGUGAAUAAGAUUGAAGAGUUCCUGGAAGAAGUGCUUUGCCCUCCAAAAUAUCGCAAGUUAGCAGCAAAGCAUCCAGAGUCCAACACUGCCGGCAUGGACAUAUUUGCCAAAUUUUCAGCAUACAUUAAGAAUUCUCGACCAGAAAACAAUGAAGCACUUGAGAGAGGCCUUCUGAAAACCCUGCAGAAGCUUGAUGACUACCUGAAUUCCCCUCUGCCUGAUGAGAUUGAUGAGAACAGCUUGGAUGAUAUCACACAAUCUAACCGCAAGUUCUUGGAUGGGGAGGAGAUGACUUUAGCUGACUGCAACUUACUGCCUAAACUUCAUAUCAUCAAGGUGGUGACCAAAAAAUACCGGGGAUUUGAAAUCCCCAAAUCUAUGACUGGGAUCUGGCGAUACCUGAGCAAUGCAUACAGCAAGGAUGAGUUCACCAACACGUGCCCAGGAGACCGGGAGAUUGAAAUGGCUUACGCCGAUGUAGCCAAGAGGCUUGCCAAGUGAACUGUAUAUGAAGUCCACAUUGAGGCCUUAAUUUUUUUUAAAUGUUUUUUUUCACGAACAUUGUUCUUUUCUGAAGACACUUGGAGAAAAAUAACCUUUUUUUAAAAUGUUUAUUAUGUAUUAUAAAAAAUAACUUCAUCCCGUUCCAAAAACAAUCACUGUUAAAGGAAUUUCUUUGGUAAAAAAAUUUGGCCUGACAAAAUAUUUAUUGAAUUGAAAUAGUUAUCAGUGUAAAGUGUACAACCCCUUUCUGUUUGGGGUAAUGUUAAACAGCUCUUACCCUUAUAAUUCAGUUUCGUUAUUUCAAAUUUACCUUUAAAAUUAUGGAACACCACCUCUGAAGCGCUACCAGUAAAAUGCCACGCAAACCUGUAAAGUAAAAGAACAAAAAUGAGUCCAACCAACAUUAGCCUGCUCAAUAAGUCUGAAGACCUUUUCAUUGGUGAAUGAAGGGUUAAUACUGUUUGUAUAUGGUUUGGAUUGGUGCUGAAAUUUACCUUGUCCAUGGCCACUGUUAGGUCCAACAUUGACCCUGGCAUUUCAAGUACACAGAGGCCCAAACAGCCCCCCUCAGACCUAAUUAAUUGUUACUGUCUAUGCCAAUUUACAGCAGCCCCUCUGGCAUAAUACAGAUUCUGUAGAUUGGGUUUGGGUUGGCCCACCGGUCCCUGGCAGCAAGUGAGGUAUCCAAAAGACAGUUAUGGUGAGAUUUGGGGGUGAAUAUGUAUUCAUAUACUCAUUUUGUUUGGGGGUGGGAAAUAUCUAUUUUUUUAUAUUUGAUAGGAGGGCAUUUCAUUUACCCUGCCUAUAAAUCUAAUGUAUGAUUCUGCAGCUAGAAUCCAUUGCCAAAUUAUACCUACCAGCUCUCAGGAGCUUCAGUAACAGCUCAAGGAUCAUUGUAUAAUGGCCUCCACUGAGUCAUUUCCAAGUCCCAAGUAACAUUUUUUUUGCUAGUAUUGAACCCCAAAUAAAUAAAGUUCAAUAAAUUAGUGAAGCUAACAUGUUUUGGUUAAUUAAACAACAAUCAGGCCUUCCCAUGUAGAAGAAAAUAAAAUCCCCACUUAGCAAUCCAGGCAAGCAGAUCAUUGCUGAAAUAUACAGUCAUGCUGCAGAAAUGACUCUCUAGAUCAGCCUGUUAGGUUGUAUUACUGGCAGUGGCAGAACCAGCAUUACUUCCUCCUCAUUUAUUAAUAAUACACACAUUUCUUGCCAUUUAGCAUCCCUGUUAAAUAGUAUAAGAUAUAAAUCUUACUGAAUUAUAUCUAUACAGCAUGUACUAUAUACAGUAUGCUAUUAUUUUUGCUAAUUCUUGAAAAACUUUUUCCUUAUUGCUGUAAGACGGAGGCAAUAAUCUUGGUUUAACAAACCGCUUUUUUAUCAUUAUUUUCCUCCUUUUAUGUACUGUAUAUUAAUUAAAGAAGAUUUAUUUCAGA